AUGGAAAAGGUGAGAUAUGAGGAGAGAAAGGAUCGACGACGAAACAAGGGAAAUGAGAAGAUGACGACCGAAGAAAUGAGCCUCUUUGCAAAUUAUGGAUAUCACGAGAGCGAAUCUCUCGAUUUUCGGCUAGAUCGGACUCAAAGGAUCGAGUCGGAGUUGAAAGGAUCAAGAGCCAAGACACUUAUGCAAAUUUUU